GAAGGAGGGGUCGGGGUGGGGGGAAAGAAAAAGUUUUGCUGGGACCGCCGCGGGCUCGCCCUUUCGCCCGGCGAGCGCUCUUGAAGGAGGAGAGCGCGCGAGAGGAGGCCGAUGCGCGGACGGGGCAUCUUUGGCGACAUCACCCCCCAACUGCAGCAGCAGCGACCGCGCCGUCGAAGAAGCGAGGAAGGGGGAGAAGAAGGAAGGCUCGGCGCGCGCUCCCGGGCGCAGGCGGAGGAGGAGGAGGAGGAGGAGAACGACCCGAAGCUCUUGCUGCUCCGCGCGCUGCAAAUGGGAGCCGGGAAGAGGGAGCGGAGGAGGUCGCUGGGCUCCCCCUCGACGGCGCGCCCCUCCGGCGGCUGCUUCUGCUGGGCGCUGCUCCUGGCCGCCGCGCUCCUGGGCGUGGCUCACGCGUCCAAGCGGUCGGAUGAGUCCUCCUUCCCUGAAGACACAGAAUCGGAGGCCGUGCGCCAGCGCUGGAGGAAAUACGCGGAGCUUUCCGACGACGAGGAUCUGCUAGCGGACGAGGCUUCCGGAGAUGGGUAUGGAAGUGGCGAGAACGGCAGCGGAACAGUCUCCCCAGACAAGCCUCUCCCCACCAUUGAGCCUCUCUUCUCCACAGACCUUCCAUCUCCUCCUCCUGUCGGGCUCCCUCCCCCUGCAAGCAUGACGGGUGCAGAGACCCCUGAGGACGACUCUCUGCUCAUCUAUUUCCGGGCCCUGGUGAAUUUCACAAAGUCCAUCGACUACAGCUCCCGCCUGGAUGAUGUCAACUCAGAGGAGUUCCAGGAUGUCUCCAAAGCGGUGGUGGACACGCUGGAGUCUGAAUACUACAAGAUCCCCGGAGAGCAGGUGGUUAGCGUGGUCUUCAUCAAAGAGAUUGACGGCUACAUCUUUGUGGAGCUGGACGUGGGCUCCGAGAGGAACGUGGACGAGGACCAGAUCCGCCAGGUGCUUUUCUCGGUCAUUGAGAGCGGCUCCAUCGCCUCCUACGUCACCUCCACGUGGGGAUUCCAGUUCCGCCGCUUGGGAGCAGUGACACCCGUGGUUCGCGCUUGCACAGCCGAUGAGUUCAGGUGCAGGAGUGGUGAGUGCAUCUCCAAAGAGUUCCUCUGUGACAGCCGAUCGGACUGCCGGGACAUGUCGGACGAGCUGGACUGUGCUCCCGAGUGCGGCAGCGAUGAGUUCGGCUGCGACAAUGGCGAAUGUGUCCUCCUGGAGGAUCGCUGCGAUGGCCACGCCGACUGUGAUGACGCCUCGGACGAGGACGGCUGCGGCAUUACCACCCCUCGGCCGCCUGUCACCUCCGCCCGGCCCGGCACCACUCGGGUGCCCGCUACCACAGCCUCAGUGACCACCCGCCGAGCCCCAGUCACCGCUCCGCCUGGGGUCUUCCCCGCCAAGCCCUCCCUGCCCCCCUUCCCGCGACCUUGCCGGAAGGACGAGGCCGUCUGCUCCAACAAGCAGUGCAUCCCCCGGGACUACCUCUGCGAUGGGGAGAGGGAUUGCAGCGACGGAAGCGACGAGAGCAGAUGCGGCACCCCCAGCCCCUGCGAACCCAACGAGUUCAAGUGCCGGAACGGUCACUGCGCCCUCAAGCUCUGGCGAUGCGACGGGGACAACGACUGCACAGACGGCUCGGACGAGCUGAAUUGCCCUACCAAGGGCCCCGGGGACACCUGCGCUCCAGACCAGUUCGUCUGCGUGUCCACACGCACCUGCAUCCCGGCCAGCUACCAGUGUGACGACGAGACGGAUUGCGCAGAUCGCUCUGACGAGAUUGGCUGCACCCCUCCCCAGGUGAUCACGCCCCCCGAGGAAUCCAUCCAGGCCGCCCCCGGAGAGACAGUCCGCUUCACCUGUGUGGCCGUGGGCGUCCCCACCCCCAUCAUCACCUGGAGGCUAAACUGGGGCCACAUCCCCAGCAGCCGCAGGGUGUCCAUCACGAGCAAGAACGGGCGGGGGACACUGGUUAUCGAAGACGUAAAAGAGGCCGACCAGGGAGCUUACACCUGCGAGGCCAUCAACGCCCGGGGGAUGGUUUUUGGCAUCCCUGAUGGAGUGUUGAGCCUCACACCUGGACGAGGACCUUGCCCAGAAGGACACUUCCACAACGAGGAAACCUCCCAGUGUUUCCCCUGCUUUUGUUUUGGCAUCACCAAAUCUUGCCGUGGCACUAGCCGGCACCGCAGCCAGAUCCGCCUUCGCUUCGACACACCCGACAACUUCAAAGGGGUGAAUGUGACGACCCCCUCUCAGCCCGGAACGCCGCCCCUCUCCUCGACCCAGCUGCAGAUUGACCCCGGGUUGCAGGAGUUCCAGCUGGUCGAUCUCUCCCGCCGUUUCCUGGUACACGACUCUUUCUGGAUGCUCCCGGGGCAGUUCUUGGGGAACAAGGUGGACUCCUAUGGAGGUUUCCUGCGCUUCAAGGUGCGCUACGGCCUGGCCAGGGGCCAAUCGGAGCCUGUGCAGAAACCCAACGUCAUGAUUGUGGGGAAUGGACAGAAGCUGAUCUACCGCGUGCAGGUGCCCACCCAGCCCUCGGUGGUGAACCAGCGCCAGGUCCAGUUCACCGAGGAGCACUGGGAGAAGGAGUCGGGAGCCUCCGUCAGCCGUGAGGAACUGCUGCUCACCCUCCAGAACCUGGAGGCGGUUAUGAUCCAGACCGUCUAUGACAACCGGAUGGCCAGUGUGGGGCUGAGCGACAUCGUCAUGGACACAACCACCACGGAGGUCACCGGCUUGGGCCUGGCGCAUGGUGUGGAGGAAUGCAGGUGCCCUGCUGGGUACGCCGGCCUCUCCUGCGAGCGCUGCGAGGCCCAUUUCAAGCGAGUGCCCGGCGGGCCCUACCUGGGCACGUGCUCUGGCUGCAACUGCAACGGGCACUCCAGCACCUGUGACCCGUUCUCUGGCUACUGCCUGAACUGCCAGCACCACACCGAAGGGCCCCAGUGCAACAAAUGUAAGCCGGGUUUCUUUGGAGACGCCACCAAGGGCACCCCCACCGCCUGUCGCCCCUGCCCCUGCCCGUACACCGAAGCCCCCCGCAGGUUUUCAGAGUCCUGCUUCCUGGACACAGACGGGCAGGCCACCUGCGAUGCCUGCGCCCCAGGCUACACCGGACGUCGCUGCGAAAAAUGUGCUCCUGGCUUCAAAGGAGACCCCAUCCAGCCACGAGGAAAAUGUGUGAGGAUUGGGCAGAGCACCAUCGAGUGCGACAAGAGAGGGAGCAGCGAAGCCUCAGAUGGUGCUUGCCAAUGCAAGCCCAACGUCAUGGGACAGUCGUGCAACGAAUGUGCUACGGGCUCGUUCCACCUGAGCCACGCAAACCCCGAAGGCUGCCUGCGCUGCUUCUGCAUGGGGGUCUCGCGCCAGUGCUCCAGCUCCUCGUGGAACAGGGACCAGGUGCGAGUGGGGUCUGAGGACGCUGAGAGGGCACAGUUCAGCCUCUCCAACUCGGCCGGCUCCCGGACGAUCAGCGAGGGCAUCCGCUUCACCGGCGCCUCGGAGCUCACUUUCUCCUCCUUCCACACUCUGCCGCGUGACAUUUACUACUGGGUGCUGCCGGAGCGCUUCAGGGGAGACAAGGUGACCUCCUACGGCGGAGAACUGCGCUACACCAUCACCCAUGACACCUUCCCUGGCUCCCCGGCGCUGCGUGGCCAACCUGAUGUUCUGCUGCAGGGGAACGAGAUCUUCCUGGAGCAUGUUGCUGAAACGAGUCCCCUGCCUGGCUCGCCCACUACGUUCACCGUGCCCUUCCGGGAGCAAGCCUGGCACCGCGCAGACGGCCAGAAAGCCACCCGUGAGCACCUCCUGAUGGCCCUGGCUGACAUUGACGUUUUCAUGAUCCGAGCCUCCUACUCUGACCGGCAGGCGGAGAGCAGGAUCUCUGGCAUCGACAUGGACGUGGCAGUGCCACACACCACGGGACUGAGCCCAGCCCUGGAAGUCGAGGACUGCACUUGCCCGCCAGGAUAUCGCGGCCCCUCCUGCCAGGAUUGUGACGUUGGCUACACACGCACCACCAGUGGCCUCUACUUGGGGACCUGCGAACGCUGCAACUGCAACCAGCACACCGCCGAGUGUGACGCUGAGACCGGAGACUGCCAGGCCUGCCAGCACAACACAGAAGGACAGCGGUGUGAGCGCUGCCAGCCAGGUUUCUUUGGUGAUGCCAGGCGUGGGACCCCCGGAGACUGCCAACCGUGCCCAUGCUACGGACCCUAUUCUGCUAGCCAGCCCGCCAAGACCUGCUUUGUGGACACAGACGGGCAGCCCACCUGCGACUCCUGCGCCCCGGGCUACAUCGGGCGCCAGUGCGAAAGGUGUGCGCCAGGCUACGUGGGCAACCCCAGCCGGGGGCAACCGUGCACAGCUACAGAUCAUGGCACCCGAUGCCACUGCGAUCCACAUGGAAGCAUCAGCAGCCAUUGUGAUGCCAGCGGGCAGUGCCAGUGUAAGGCGCACACGGAGGGGCCCUCCUGCGGCAGCUGUCGGCCGCACCACUUCCACCUGAGCGCGGAGAACAAGGAAGGCUGUUUGCCCUGUUUCUGCAUGGGCGUCACCCAGCAAUGCACCAGUUCCUCCUACCACCGGGACCUGAUCACCACGCCUUUCCUUCCCAGAAAUUUCCAGGGAUUCUCACUGGUCAACCGUCAACACACCACCCGGAUCGAGACCGGCUUCACGGUGGAGAUGUCCCCCGAGGGCCCUCAGCUCUCCUAUGCCCGCUUUGGGCAGCUGGGGGAGGAAACCUACCACUGGCAGUUGCCGGAGACCUACCUGGGCGACAAGGUUGGAUCCUACGGGGGACGCCUUCGCUACACCCUUUCCUACAAUGCUGGAGGACGAGGCACCCCACUGCCGGACGCUGAUGUGCAGAUCACUGGUAACGACAUCACCUUGGUGGCCUACCUGUCGGAGCUGCGGCCUCGGGAACGCAAGAGCUUUGAGGUCAUCUUCCAGGAGCAAUACUGGAAGCGCCCAGAUGGCCAGCCAGCCACCCGGGAGCACCUCAUGAUGGUCCUGGCUGACCUGGACGAGAUUCUCAUCCGCGCCACUCACUCCACCGAGAUGCUGUCGGCUGGCAUCACCGGUGUCAGCAUGGAGACCGCGGUGCCCACCUACACCAGCCUGCCCCGGGCUCUGGAGGUGGAGGAAUGUCGCUGCCCACCAGGCUACCAGGGUCUUUCCUGCCAGGAUUGUGCAGCUGGCUACACCCGGACAGGCGGUGGGCUCUACCUGGGGCACUGUGCGCUGUGCGAAUGCAACGGGCAUUCAGAUUCCUGCCACCCUGAGACCGGCGCCUGUUCAAGCUGCCUUCAUCAUGCUGCUGGGGAGUUCUGUGAGAAGUGUGCACCCGGAUUCUACGGAGACGCUACUGCUGGCACCCCAGAGGACUGCCAGCCCUGCGCCUGUCCGCUGACGGAUCCGGAAAACCAGUUCUCAAGGACGUGUGAGAGCCUGGGGGGCGGAGGCUACCGCUGCACAGCCUGUGAGCCGGGCUACACCGGCCAGUAUUGCGAGCAGUGUGCUCCAGGUUACACAGGAAACCCCAAUAUCCGUGGGCAGAAGUGUGUGUCCCUGGGUACUCCAGACCAGCCAGGCCUCGUUGUGCAAGUCCACCCUCCGCGGACUGCCGUCUCGCAAGGCAGCAAGGUGACCCUGCGUUGCCACGUCAGCGGGGCUCCACCGCACUAUUUCUACUGGUCCCGCGAAGACGGGCGCCCCGUGCCCAGCACCACCCAACGCAGGCAGCAAGGACUGGAGCUCCACUUCCCCAACAUCCAGCCCUCCGAAGCCGGCGUCUACAUCUGCACAUGCCGCAACCUGCAGUUCAGCAAUGCCAGCCGUGCCGAGGUUGUCGUCACAGAAGGCCCCAGCAAGCCCAUCACAGUGACCGUGGAGGAGCAGAAGGUGCAGAGCGUGAAGCCAGGGGGAGACGUCACCUUUGUCUGCACAGCCAAGAGCAAGUCUCCUGCCUACACCCUGGUAUGGACACGCCAGAACAAUGGGAAGCUGCCCAGCCGGGCCAUGGACUUCAAUGGGAUCCUCACCAUACGCAACGUCCAACCAGAGGACGCCGGGAUCUACGUCUGCACAGGGUCCAACAUGUUCGACAUGGACGAAGGAGUCGCCACACUCUACGUGCAAGCUGGACCCGCGGUCCACCCCAUGGCCACCAUUGAGCCCUCGCAGCUGAGCGUCCAGCCAGGACAAGCGGCCGAGUUCCGCUGCAUCGCUACCGGGAGCCCAGAGCCCACGGUGGAGUGGAUUGGUGGACAAGGGGGCGUCAUCUCCUCUAAAGCCGUCAUCCAGGGUGGGAUCCUGCGCUUCCCGGCAGCGGAGCCUUCCGACGAAGCCCAGUAUUUGUGCCGUGUGCGGAAUAGCGCCGGACAACAUAUGGCCCGUGCCUUCUUACAAGUACACAGUGCCAGCAUCCCACAAGUGCAGGUGAGCCCAGAACGGACAGAGGUCCACGAAGGGAGCACCGUGAGGCUCUACUGCCGAGCAGGAGGCUCCCCUGCUGCUACCAUCACCUGGGAAAAAGAAGGAGGCCGUUUGCCCCCACAGUCCCGCGCAGAGAGGACAGACAUUGCCACCUUGGUCAUCCCCUCUAUCACAGUGGCUGACGGCGGGGUGUACCACUGUGUGGGGAGCAGCGCAUCAGGAGUCGGUCGGGCAAGAAUCGAGGUGAUGGUCAUCCGAGCUGCAGGCCUUUCCCCGACGGUGAAGAUUGAAUCGUCAUCCUCUUCAGUCAUAGAAGGGCAGACCUUGGAUCUGAACUGCAUCGUGGCCGGCCAGCCAGCUGCAUCCGUCACAUGGUACCGGCGAGGAGGCGCCUUGCCUUCCAACCACCAGGUCUACGGGUCCGUCCUGCGCAUCCUGCAAGUAUCCGCGGCGGACUCGGGCGAGUACGUCUGCCGCGUCAGCAAUGGGGCAGGCCCUAAGGAAGCCUCCAUCAUGGUGACCGUACAACAGCAAGGACACACACAUGGUUCUGCACAUGACACCCCACCAAUCAGGAUCGAAUCUUCAUCGCCGUCCAUCACCGAGGGGCAAGACUUGGAGCUGAGCUGCCUCGUCACAGGCCAGUCGCGGGCCAGGGUCACGUGGUAUAAGCGAGGAGGGUCACUCCCGGCAAAUCACAAGAUAUCUGGCUACCAUUUGAGGAUUUUGGCGGCUACGGCAGCAGACUCCGGAGAAUACGUGUGCCGGUUGAGCGACGCCAGCAGCGGGGCGGUGCAAGAAGCCUCCAUUGUGGUCACCAUCUAUGGCACCUCCCAGACCUCAGGAAUCACCCCUCCGCUGAGGAUCGAGUCUCCAUCGCCCUCCAUUGUCGAAGGACAGACCUUGGACUUGAACUGUGUCGUGGCAGGACAGGCAGGUGCCACAAUCACAUGGUACAAGCGUGGCGGGACCCUGCCGGCCAAUCACCAGAUCUCCGGCUCUCACCUGCGCAUCCCACAAGCCUCCACAGCUGACUCUGGCGAAUACAUCUGCCACGUCAACCUGGACUCCAUCGUCAGAGAAGCCUCUGUCAUCGUCUCCGGCACCAGAUCUGCCUCCACUUUAGACAUCACCCCCUCCAUGAGGAUCGAGGCCUCGUCCCCCCACGUUGCCGAGGGACAAACCUUAGAGCUGGACUGCAUCAUCGCCCACCAGGAUCAGGCCACAGUCACGUGGUACAGGCGUGGAGGAGCCCUCCCUGCCAGCCACCAGGCCUUCGGAUCCCGCUUGCGGCUGGUGAAAGUCUCUCCGGCGGAUUCUGGCGAGUACGUCUGCCGCGUCAGCCGCGAUCCUGCCACCCAGGAGGCCUCGGUCUUUGUCACCAUCCAGCAGGGCGGCGCAGGCUCCUUCCCCGCCGGUGUGACUCCCCCAGUACGGAUUGAGUCUUCUUCCACCUCCCCCACUGAGGGCCACACGCUGGACCUGAAGUGCAUCGUGGCAGGACCUGCUUCGCAUGCCAGAGUCACGUGGCACAGACGAGGGGGUGCCCUCCCUGCCGGCCACCAGGUCUCUGGCUCCAUCCUGCGUAUCCCGCAGGCUUCAGCUGCAGACUCCGGAGAAUACGUUUGCCGCGUCACCAACGGGACGGCCGUCCACGAAGCCUCCCUCAUCAUCACCAUCCAGGGUGGCCCGGGCACCUACUCUGUGGGCGUCACCCCUCCGAUACGGAUUGAGACCUCCUCCGCGUCCGUUGUGGAGGGGCAGUCAGUGGACCUGAACUGCCUGGUGGCGGGUCAGUCGCAGCCAAGGGUCAUGUGGUACAAGCGAGGUGGCGCCUUGCCCCUCAACAGCCAGAUCCUUGGAUCUCGCCUCAGGAUCCUGCAGGCCUCGGCGGCCGACUCGGGUGAAUACAUCUGCUACGUGAAUGACGGCGACAGUCCACUGGAGGCCUCCGUUAUUGUCUCCAUCCCUGGGAGCUCCGGUUCUGCUUUUGCCUCUGGCAUCGUUCCACCCGUGAGGAUCGAGUCUUCGUCCUCAUCCCUGGCAGAGGGACAGACCUUGGAGCUCAACUGCCUUGUUGCUGGCCAGGUGCAGCCCAAAGUCACCUGGUACAAGAGAGGGGGGGCACUCCCAGCCAACCACCAGGUCUCCGGCACCCGCCUCCGCAUCCCACAGGUCUCCUCCGCCAAUUCCGGAGAGUACGUCUGCCGCGUCAGCAGCGCUGCUGUCACUCAGGAGGCUGCGCUGGUGGUCACCAUCCAAGACGGCGAGAGCCCUUCCCAUCCUUCAGACACGGUUUCCCCUCUGAAGAUUGAGUCUUCGUCACCCUCUGCUGUUGAAGGGCAGACCUUGGAUCUCACCUGCACUGCCCCAGGCCAGCCCCAGGCCAUAUUCACAUGGUACCGGCGAGAGGGACCCCUGCCAGCUGGCCACCGGGUUGUCGGUGGUCGCCUUCGCCUGGUCCAGCUCACCCCAGCCGACUCCGGCGAGUACGUCUGCCGUGCGAGUGGUGGAGCUGUCCCGCAAGAGUCUUCCUUGGUGGUCUCUGUCCUAGCCAGCGCCAGCGCUGCCUCCCGCCUCCAGAGUCCGGUCAUCUCCAUCGACCCCCACAGCACCGCUGUGCGCAAGGGAGCGGACAUCUCCUUCAAGUGCCGGCUCCACGAUGGCGCUCAGCCCGUCGAGAUCUCUUGGAAGCUGCCCAACAACCAGCUGCCAGAUAACGUGAAGAUCAGCCCCAACGGGUCUGUGGUCACCAUCUCCAACGCCCAGCCCCAGAACCAGGGGACUUACCGCUGCCUCGCCUCCAACCGAUUUGGGAUAGCCAACAGUGUGGUCAACCUGAUGGUGCAUGGGCCGCCGACCGUCUCAGUGGUGCCAAAGGGCCCCGUGCAAUUGAAGGUGGGCAAAUCCAUCAGCCUGGACUGCUUGGGGGCGGGUGAGCCCCGGGCCCUGGUGCGCUGGAGCAAGGUGGGCGUCCGGCAGAAGGUGGAACACCAGACCGUGAUGCCGCUGGACAGCCGGGCUGUGCUGCAGAUCUCAUCCGCGAAGCUUGAAGAUGCUGGCACUUAUGUCUGCAUGGCGCAGAACCCCCUGGGGACGGCGGAAGCGCAGGUGGAAUUGCUUGUGGAGGCCGUGCAUGGGAGACCGGGCGCACCUGAGAUUCAUGCGAACCCGACGCAGACCGUAGUUGCCGGGCAGACGGCUCGGCUCCAUUGUUCUGCCACAGGCGACCCCUCUCCGACCAUCCACUGGUCCAAGCUGAGGGCCCCCUUGCCCUGGCAGCAUCAGAUCGUGAACGGCACCCUCAUCAUCCCCCGGGCAGCCCAGCAGGACUCCGGGCAAUACAUCUGCAACGCCACCAACACCGCCGGCUUCACAGAGGCCUUCAUCAUGCUGGAUGUGGAAGCGCCACCGUACGCCACCACCCUUCCGGACUCGGUGUCGGUGCAGGCGGGCGAAGUGGUGCAGCUGCAGUGCCUGGCUCACGGCACGCCCCCUCUGCGCUAUGAGUGGACCAAGGCCAACAGCAGCCUCCCCGGGCACGCCACGGUGCGCGAGAGCGUCCUCCACAUCAGCCCGGCCGCCCCCCACGAUUCGGGCGCCUACCUCUGCCGCGUGAGCAACCGGGUGGGGUCAGCCGAGGCCGUCGCCCACGUCCGAGUGCAAGGUGCAGCUGGAGGACCUCUUUCCAUCCAGGUCACUCCACGGAGAGACACGAAGGCUGUGGGGGGCACAGCAGAGUUUGCGUGUUCUGUUGUUUCCGGAGACCCCCGAACACGGCUGGAGUGGUCCAAGGAGGAUGGGGAGCUGCCUCCUCAGCACACCAUCCGCAACGGCGUGCUUCGAAUUGAGAAGCUGGAUCGGGGGUGCCAAGGUGUCUACGUUUGCCGAGCCACCAGCUACUCUGAGGAGGUUGAGGACAGGGCCAUGCUGACCGUGCAGGCACUGCCCAAGGUGAUGAUCAACAUCCGGACGUCGGUGCAGACCGUGCUGGUGGGCAACGCCGUGGAAUUUGAGUGCCUGGCCUUUGGGGACCCAAAGCCCCAGGUCACGUGGAGCAAGGUGGGCGGGCGGCUGCGCCCAGGGGUGCUGGCAAGUGGCAGCAUGGUGAAGAUUGAGCGCGUGGAGCAGGCGGACGCCGGGCAGUACCGCUGCACGGCCACCAACGACGUCGGCACAGUCCAGUCCCACGUCAUCCUCCAUGUCCAAUCUGUGCCCCAGAUUGCUGCAGCCCAGCCAGAAGUGAAAGAGGUCUCCGCUGGGUCUAAGGUGGUCUUCCCUUGCUCGGCUUCCGGUUUCCCUGUGCCAGAUAUCACCUGGACCAAGCUGGAAGGAGACCUCCCCAAGGAGGUCCGUGUGGAGAGCAACGUCCUGACCAUCCCGUCCGCUCGCCCCGAGGACACCGGCAUUUACGUCUGCACGGCAUCGAACCGGCAAGGGAAGGUGACGGCUUUCUCCAUGCUCAAAGUGCACGAGCGGGUGGUGCCAUAUUUCACCCAGAAUCCUCAGUCCUUCCUUGUCCUGCCGACCAUGAAAGACGCCUACAAAACAUUCGCGAUCGAGAUCACCUUCCGACCGGACACACCUGACGGGAUGCUGGUAUACAAUGGGCAGAAGAAGAACACAGGCACGGACUUCGUGUCCUUUGGAUUGGUUGGGGGCCGGCCGGAGCUCAGGUUUGACGCUGGCUCUGGCAUGGCCACCAUCCGGCACCCUUCCAUCAUCAAGCUGGGCGAAUUCCACACCAUCCGGCUGUACCGCAACCUCACCCAGGGCUCUCUCGUUUUGGACAACCACCCUCCCGUCAACGGCACGUCCCAGGGCAAAUUCCAAGGUCUGGACCUCAACGGGCUGUACCUUGGCGGGUAUCCCAACUAUGCUGCUACUGCAAAGACAGGCCUGACCAGCGGUUUCAUUGGAUGCGUUCGGCAGCUGAUCAUCCAAGGGAAGGAAGUUAUCUUCAAAGACUUUGACCUGCAAGCUCACGGCGUCUCCAACUGCCCCACCUGCCAGGACCGUCCGUGUCAGAAUGGAGGCGUCUGCAGGGACUCGGAGAGCAGCAGCUAUGUGUGCGAGUGCCCACAGGGAUUUGCUGGAAGCAACUGCGAACACCCCCAGGCCCUACGCUGCCAUCCAGAGGCCUGCGGUCCCGACGCCACCUGUGUUAACCGAGCUACUGGGCAAGGCUACACUUGCCGCUGCCUCCUUGGGAAAUACGGAGAGAAGUGCAUGGACGGCACCACGGUGACCGUGCCCUAUUUCCACGGGGGCGAUGCCUUCAUCUCCUACCCUCCGCUCACCAACAUCCACUACGAGCUGCGCGUGGACCUUGAGAUCAAGCCGCUGUCCCCCGAUGGCCUCAUCCUCUUCAGCGGCGGAGAUGGCUCCCCCGUGGCAGAUUUUGUCUCGCUCAGCAUGGUCAACGGGCACUUGGAGUUCCGCUAUGAACUGGGCUCAGGAACGGCCGUCCUUCGGAGCGCAAAGCCCCUAGAGCUGGAACAGUGGCACAGGAUAACGGCCGAGCGGCUGAACAAAGACGGCACUCUGCAGGUGAACGAUGAGCGGCCGGUCAAGAGGUCCUCACCAGGCAAAAGCCAGGGCCUGAACCUCCGCACUUCCAUGUACCUGGGGGGCGUCGACGAUUCCGUCAGGCUGCCGGCAGCUGCCAACGUCUCCAGCCACUUCUACGGGUGCAUUGGGGAGGUCUCGAUCAACGGGAAGAAGGUGGACAUUUCGUACAGCUUCCUGGAGAGCCGCAGCAUCUCGCAGUGCUUUGACAGCUCCCCUUGUGACCGCAGGCCCUGCCUGCACGGUGGCAAGUGCUUGCUGACGGGCGAGUACGAGUUCCAGUGCCUGUGUCUGGACGGCUACAAAGGGGAGCGCUGCGAGGUGUCUGAGGUCCAGUGCCAGCUCCAGCAGCCCUGCCUCAACGGGGGCAUCUGCAAAGACACAGCGUGCGUCUGCCCUCCUGGCUUCCUGGGAUUAUACUGUGAACACGAUGCAUCGCAGCACCAGUCAAAUACCGAGUGGACUCCAGAGGGCAGCGGAGGAAAUGAUGCCCCUGGACAGUACGGUGCCUAUUUCCACGACGGCGGCUAUGUGGCCCUGGGGCGCCACACUUUCCCCAGGAGCCUCCCGGACUCACCAGAGACGAUCGAGCUGGAAGUGCGCACCAACUCAGCAAAUGGGCUUCUCCUCUGGCAGGGCGUGGAGGAAGGAGAGAGCGCCAAAGCGAAGGACUUCAUCAGCCUCGGGCUGAAGGACGGGCACCUGGUGUUCAGUUACCAGCUAGGAAGCGGAGAAGUGAACAUCCUGUCUGAAGACCCAGUUGAUGAUGGAGAAUGGCAUAGAGUGACAGCCAUCCGGGAAGGGAAAAGAGGCUUCCUUCAAGUCGACGGCGAGGAGAUGGUAGCUGGGGAAUCUCCUGGCAAGAACGUCAUGGUGAAUACCAGAGGUCGAAUCUAUAUAGGCGGAGCACCUGACAUCCAAACCCUGACCGCGGGAAAGUACACCUCAGGGAUCACGGGCUGCAUCAAGAACGUGGUGCUGAUCAACGACCGGCCCGGCCAGCAGCCUCAGCAGCCCAUUGACCUGCACCAUCACUCGGAAGCCGGUCUCAACAUCCAGGAGUGCUCCUCAUAGGCCGGGCUUGCCUCUUAACCACACUCUUCGCUGUUUUAAUUUUUUGUCAUCAGGCCAAUUGAGAGACAUCUAUUGUUAUUAUUAUUAUUAUUAUUAUUAUUAUUUUAUUAUUAUUAUGAAUUUUUUUAAAAAAGAGAAACACACACACACACACUCACAAAUGGUGCUUUGCUGCUACCAAAAGAAAAUGGGGGUGGGGUGACGUGGGAGGGAGUUGGUUUGUGAGGGGGUUUUUUGUGGAAGUGACAGACCGAUGGGGGCCACGCAGGGCCUGUCGUCGUCCCACCACCUUCCCCAGCCCUCACGUGGAAGGACAGAGAGAGAGGGGGCACGGUGGACACUUAAAGGACUGGAGAGCGGCAUUCGUGAGAGGCGCUUGGACAGAGCCAUGCCCGAGGUUUUCCAGGGAUGAGCAUCUCAGACAGGAGCCUGAAGAGGCUGCUCUGAGGCCGAGGGGUGGGCAGCGGGGUGACCGCGUGGCUUCUCUUGCUUCCACUGCUGGGCUGGGCUGGGCCAGGCAGGUUGUGACCAAAGAUACUGUCCUGUCUUGCCCUUCCCCUGGGUGGGCGUGGGCUGGGUGGGUCUCUGUAUCGUGGUGCCCCACGCCCAACGCCGUAGCAGCAUCCAGCACUCCAGCCAGGGCAGAGUUCGCAGGAGCACCAAAGAGGGAGGGAGGUCCUUUGCCCUCGUCCUCCAGCAUGAGCCAAGCUUUUCAACUUGGACAAGUUUGAGCUUCCUGCGUUUUGUUGCGGUGCCCCACUGCCCGCCUGGCACAAUUGAGUUUGCUCCCGCCCCUCACUCAUCCUAGCUAGGCUGUGGUCAGUGUUAUUUUUCUAGAAAAAGAGGUGCUGGAACUCACCAUGGAUGCCUCGCUGGUUCUCUUUUAGUGGCAAUGGCACCCGCCCGAGAAGUGCUGGAACGAGUUCCAGCCAGGAACGGCUGCGGCGCCUCAGAGCAUCCUCUCCACCUGGUCCUCAGUGACACAUGCAAAGCCAUACAGAGUUCCCCUGUGCUCUGGCUGGCGCGGAAAGCAGCCGAGAGCCCAACACCAAAAAGUGGGCAAUGGUUCCCAUGCCUUAAGCGCUGCAGGGCAGAAAUGGGAUUUGCCCCUCCCAAGCCAUCAGUGCCUUAUUAGUCUGCGUGGGGUCUCCCAUAGAUCCACACCUUCUAUUGCAGUGUGCAGUCCCCCAGAGCUGCAGACACCCCGGGGCCUGGCAGGGCCAGGUAAGUAGCUGUUGCAGCCUCAUCUGCUGCCUGGGAAGCAGGCAGGCAGGUCUCUCAUCAGCAUUUCAGAGGACCCUUUCCGUGGGCAGGGGUGGGGACAAGAGUGUUGCAACGUGUGCAGGAGAGCUGUGAUGGGCACCCCACACAGCAGCUCCUGCCAGCCUCCCAGUGCCACAAGCACUGGAGGGCAGGAGUUUCCCGUCCAGCGUUCCCAGGAGGGCGGUAAGAUGCUUUGUGGGGGGAUGAGAGGCAGAAGGAGCCCAUUGCAGCUGGGGAAAGGGGUUUCGACUGCUGCCUUUCUCCUCUCAGCCCCGAGACACUGAAGAGGGCAGACUUUGGAGCUGAUCUUCAGCUAACUAUACUGCCUUUCCUUCCCUCUUCACAGCCCUGGGUGUUGCCCCUGCAGACAGUGCUGGUGCCAAGCAGGCACUAGGGGGCUUAUCUUUUGAGCUUGGGCCUCACAGGAUUGGGCUCCAGCCAGCCUCCCACAUUCCCUUAAUGGUGUGGCUGGCUCUGGCUUGCCCCGUGUGAGCCUUUGCCGCCAGUGUUCACUCUGCCUUGCCCGCUUCCUUCCAGAACCAGAAUUAUACUGCCUGGGAGGCACCAUGAUGCUUGUGUCGCUCCAGUACCUGUUCCUGCCUUUUGCUUCCCCUGCCUGCCUCCCCCAUUUGUUCUUUUUCUUUCUUUCUUUCUUAAAUAAAUGGUGCUGAACCCCAAA